GUUUUCUGGCCCCUGGAUAGAAACCCUCUGUGAGAUAAAAAAAAGGAAGAGGGAGAAAAGACAGGAGGGCUUGUGAGUGCGUCAGAUACCCUGCGAGAGAGUUGGCCCAGUUAAAGUCCCCUGCCACAUAUGUCAAACGGUCUUGUUUGCAAAGGCUAGUGUUUAAGUGUGGAUCUGCUGAGCUUCUCAUCUCCUAGCUGGCUGCUUUACUCUGCUCUACUCUGCUGGGCUUGAAUAACUGAUAAAGAAGUCUACUAGAACCAUGUGCUAUCAAAACCCCAUCCAGAGGGUAGAGAUGGGUGCUGCUUGUGCUCAGCUCCUCUUCGCUGCCAUCUUCUGGUCAAUGCCUUACACUGGUGCUGCUGCUGUGCUGUCUCUGUCCAAAUCCAACCAGACAGACCUUCUCCAACUAACUAGGUCUGCCUUCGAGGCAGAGUCUGACUGGAGUAAUCUGAAUCUUACUAGCAUCGACAUGCCUCGUAGCCGAAGGAGGAGAGCCAUCUCCUCCAGAGAAAUGAAUGCCUUGCUGGAUUAUCACAACCGUGUCCGCUCCCAGGUCUUCCCUCAAGCUGCCAACAUGGAGAUCAUGGUGUGGGAUGGGAAACUGGCAAAAUCAGCAGAUUCCUGGGCUUCCCGCUGCAUAUGGGAUCAUGGACCCUCACAGACCAUGAGAUAUAUGGGCCAAAACCUGUCCAUCAACUCUGGCAGAUACCGAUCAGUCAUUGAGCUGGUGAGGUCCUGGCAGGAUGAGAAAAACUCAUUCUCCUACCCCAACACAUGCAGUGGACCAGUUUGUUCCCACUAUACACAGAUGGUAUGGGCCAAUACCAAUAGGAUGGGAUGUGCCAUCAACAAGUGCUCAAACAUGAACGUGUAUGGGAGCUCUUGGAGAACAGCAGUGUUCCUGGUGUGCAACUACUCUAUCAAAGGAAACUGGGUUGGAGAGGCUCCCUACAAGAGUGGCAAACCAUGCUCUGCUUGUCCAUCAAAAUAUGGAGGUUCGUGCAACAGAAACCAGUGUUCCUCCGCUGGUUCAAAAGUCAAAGCCAAGAAACGAAAAAGAUAUUAAAACAAGUUGGACAUCAGUCACAUUUUCCCUGUUUUAAUGGAAGACUUUAAAUGAUUAACUGUUUCCUGUUGAACCAUUCCAUUGAUCUCAUUAAAAAAAAUAACUGCAAGAGAAGAUGUGUGAGAUGCGAAGAAUUUCUAAAUAAUAACAGUAAUUAAAAAAAAACAAUAACUGGUUUUGCAAAGUUGGAAGGAACUAAAAAUGACAAAAAAAAGUUUCUGUGAUUAAAUUACAGUACCACUAUUUUUGUGUUUAUUAUUAACAAGUGUUUGAUGCACCACCCACUGGAUGUUUAGGCAAGC